AGGUCGCUCGAAACUGACGACGCAGGUGCGGGCCGGCAAGAUGGCGGCGGCGGGAGCGGGCCGGCUGCGGCGGGCGGCGUCCGCGCUGCUGCUCCGCAGUCCGCGCCUGCCGACCCGAGAGCUCUCCGCUCCGGCCCGGCUGUAUCACAAGAAGGUUGUGGAUCAUUAUGAAAACCCUAGAAAUGUGGGCUCCCUGGACAAGACAUCUAAAAAUGUCGGCACAGGCUUGGUGGGUGCUCCGGCAUGUGGAGACGUCAUGAAAUUACAGAUUCAAGUGGAUGAAGACGGCAAGAUUGUGGAUGCCAGGUUUAAAACAUUUGGCUGCGGUUCUGCAAUUGCCUCCAGCUCCUUAGCCACAGAAUGGGUGAAAGGGAAGACGGUGGAGGAAGCCUUGACCAUCAAAAACACGGAUAUCGCCAAGGAGCUCUGCCUGCCCCCCGUGAAACUGCACUGCUCCAUGCUGGCAGAAGAUGCAAUCAAAGCUGCCUUGGCUGAUUACAAACUGAAACAGGAAGGCCAAGGAGAGACAGAGAAGAAGUGAGCGGGUGGGGCUCCGGCCAGUCAGGCAGCCACACCCCACCCUGCACACCCACCUAGACGGGCAUUCACCCAGAUGCCCUCGGAAGCUGAGACGCACACAGUAUCUGCCAUUCACAUUGUCACUGAUGCUAGCAAAAUACACUCUCAAUUAUUCUGAAUCCCAUGGUUUCUUUCAGCAUAUUCGGAUGGCCUUAAUGCACUUGGUGUAUAUUUUGAAUUCUGUAUAUGGGUUCAGAACUAGAAUCAGUACUGGAGUCAUAAAUUUUGAUAACCUGAAAAGUGCAUAAAUAUUUAAUCUAACCUCAGUCUAUUUGAGGGAAGAUUAUCAGCAGAAUGCCUUGGUUUGAUUGUUUGAUAGGACUAGUUGUACAUAGAGCAGAUCUGCAUAUAUAUAUAUACACACACACACAUAUAUAUAUAUAAUAAUAAAAGAAUGUAAUGUAA